AUGCCAGUAGUAGCCACUGGCGACAGUGGGUACUAUACCCCCGAGGAGUACAGCGGCUGUCUUACGGUCAUAGCAAACACACUACACUUGGUACUUCCAUCUACCGAGAUUCUCUUUUGUUUGGAGCCUUCUGACCUGGUUAAUCGUCAUACGAGGACGUAUGAUUUUGGCGGGAGCGCGGCAAUUUUGAUUUUGGCCACAGAUUUCGUAACAGCCCAGUCGAACGGAACUGUGACCAUGCCGUUCGGUGACAUUCGCACUGGUAACAAGGAGAACAUGGAUGUUAUUCACGAAGAAAAAGAAAAGGCAGAAGUUCAGCAGGAGGCAGGGGACGCUUGCGCUGCUAUCCAUUAUGAUGAGCGCGAGGAGCCUCUCUUGAAAGAAAAUCCUCAUCGUUUUGUCAUAUUCCCCCUGAAGUAUCAUGAUAUAUGGGCGUUCUACAAGAAAGCUGUCGCAUCAUUCUGGACCGUUGAAGAAGUUGAUCUCGGUAAGGAUAUGCCUGAUUGGGAGAAAAUGAAUGACGAUGAACGCUUCUUCAUUUCUCGAGUCUUAGCGUUUUUCGCUGCCUCUGAUGGUAUUGUCAAUGAAAAUUUGAUGAAGCGCUUUUCGCAAGAAGUGCAAAUUCCGGAGGCUCGCUUCUUCUAUGGAUUUCAGAUAGCAAUUGAGAGCAUCCAUUCAGAGAUGUACAGUAAAUUGAUCGAGACUUACAUCAGGGAUGAGACUGAAAGAAAUAAGCAUUUCGACGCGAUCUUCGUUUUUCCUAGCAUAAAAAAGAAGGCGGAGUGGGCGUUGAGAUGGAUUGCCAGUCCAGAUGCAUGUUUCGCACAGCGCUUGAUCGCAUUUGCAGCGGUAGAAGGUGUUUUCUUCCAAGCAUCAUUUGCUGCAAUUUUUUGGCUGAAAAAGCGUGGUCUUAUGCCAGGACUUACUCAUUCAAAUGAGCUUAUUUCAAGAGAUGAAGGCCUCCAUCGUGAUUUUGCAUGUUUGCUCUACUCUCACAUCAAGAACAGAUUACCACAAGAUCGUGUGCAUGCAAUGAUCAAAGACGCUGUGUCUGUGGAGCAGGAAUUCUUGAGAGAAUCAAUUCCUGUUGAUCUGAUUGGAAUGAACUGGCGUCUCCAGUCGCAGUACGUUGAAUAUGUUGCCGAUCAUCUUCUUGUUGAGUUGGGAUAUUCUAAGCUGUACAAGUCGAAAAAUCCAUUUGAUUUCAUGGAAAACAUAUCAAUUGACGGUAAGACGAAUUUUUUCGAGAAGAAGGUCUCCGAAUAUCAACGUCCUGGUGUUAUGGCAAGUGAAGAAGAACGUCACCUGAAAUCUCCAGCUGCUCUCUUGCGUUUCUUUAUUUUCCAAAUAACAGUGGGACAUACAAACAGCUUUUUUUUCCAGGUUUUUACUUAUUGA